UGAUCUAUUGUCUCAUUUGGUACACAGAGAGCACAAUUACAGAGAGGUGUUUAUUCUGGACGGAAAUUGCUAUUAUCGCAAAAGAAAUUGUGCAUAGUUAACACACAUAUUCAAAACGUAACAACAAACACGAAGCGAAGGUUUCAUUCAUCCUCGUCGCGAUGUGGUAAAUGGACCCUUAGAACAAGGAUAGCGAUCUACAUGGUACACGAGAUGUCACUGAUAUAGCUGUCUCAUCUGCAAGUCUACCAGAAAAAAAAGCUUAAAUAUUUAUCUUGUGGAUAAUUUUGUCCAAAUUGAAAAACGCAUGAUAUCGACCCAGACGAGACAAGAGAUGACAUUGAUGCAGUAGCCAUAUCUAAAACUCUACCAAAAAGAAACGCAAACUGUAACGAGAUAGCGAUCCAGACGAUACAAGAGUUUGCAUAGCAUUCAAUCCGAAAGUCUACCAGCAAAGCAGAUUUGUGCGGAAGAUAACCGGGUGUCGUGAUGUCGGUAAACGUGACAUCUACAUCAGUUUGCUACUCGGAUUCGGAUAGUUCGGCGACACGUGUGGCUGAACUAGUGGCCACGAUCAUCAUAACCUUGCUCUCCGUCCUCGGCAACUCCCUCAUCAUCUACAUAGUCUACGUCGAGCCUAGAGCCACGCGAAAGAACAUCAACUACUUCCUCGCAAACGCCGCAGCUGCCGAUCUCAUCUUCGUUGGUGCGCACGGAACUACGCAAUACAUAGUGCCGCUACUUUUAAACACGUUUGCGUGGAUUCCGAGGGGUCUAACUGGCGACUGGGUGUGCAAAAUCGUAAGCUUUGUAGUGGACGUGCCGCUACUGGUGACCCCCCUGACUAUGGUCCUGAUAAGCAUCGAGAGGCACCGUGCGACCAAGUCGUUCCUGAGGACGGCUGGGAUGACCAGGCAUGUGCGGAUUCUCAGCCUUGCACUCUCGUGGGCGAUACCUUGCGCUAAGUGCAUGCCUGUUCUAUGGUACGUAGAGUCGGUCAAACGAGCUGAUGGCACUUCGUACUGUAUAUGGAUGACUUCACCCCUCCCCAAGUGGUAUAUUCUCCUGAUCGUGUUCACAACUGGACUUGAAGGGAUGGCUGUGGUCGUCAUUAACCUCUGUACUGUCAAGAAACUGCACAAUCACGUUCUACCGAGUGGAUUUCCGGGUGGCCAGCGUAAAACUCGGGAGUCCAGGAUACGUAACGCUGUUCGUAUGGUGUUCUGCUCCGUGUUGACCUACAGCCUGCUUGUCAGCCCGUUCUAUAUCUACUACGCAGUCUUCCAUCUGAACCGCGUAAUCUACACCACAUCGUGUGCAGACAGGAGAAAACUUAGUUUCUUGUUCUCGUUUUUGUUGUACGCUAACACGGCACUAGGGCCGUUUGUUUACUUGAAGUUCAUUUACGAGUUCCGUGCGAGGCUGAGAAGCCUGAUUUCUCGGGUAGACAAGCGAGUGAUUCUCGCAUCAAACAGAGUGGUGUCGUUUAGACAAACACGAACUAUAUCGACCGAUUUGGGGAAUAGCAUGGAAAAUAACUCAACACUUAAUUAAAUAGAGCUCUUUCCACAUUACGGUAGAUAGAACAACGUUUAAAACCAUCCAAUACUAAUAAAGUAGAUGUAUUAUGAGUAAAAGAAAAGAUUGAACAAGGCAUUCUUAUUUUAAGCACACAUAUGUGGACAUAUAGUUUCCACUCUAUACCUUGUGGCCUGGGCGGUAUGAAAAUGUUUUUUUUUUUCCUUCCUCGAACUAUUUCAAUUUCACUUUGGAUUCAAGUGUUGAACUUGACAAGACAUCUACACUUGCAUUAUAAAACUUGGAUGCUAGAGUUGGUCGUGCUUUCAUAGCAUGACUAUAGGGAAAAUAAUCUGAAUGACUUUUCUAGUACCACACACUUUCAGGCUCUUCAGAGACGAUCAAAUUGUCAUUCGUUUAUCUAGUUCUUGGUAGAAGAAUAUAUUGUUCGACCUCCAUUUUAAAAUUGUGAAGCCGUAAACUAGAGACAACAGAAAACUUGGCAUUUUCAAAAAUAAAAGAAUAAAUAAAUAAAAUUAGGAAGAUUUUUUCAUAUUCUAAUUGAUUUAAGCCUCAUGUUCAAUCACGCCGGCAACUAAGUGCAUAUCAAUGGCCGGCUUACUUGAAUCCACAUUAGUAGGUUUAAAAAGCAGGAAAAAAAACUUAAUCUCUUUGAAGACAAAGCCAGUGCUCAACCAGCCUAGAGAAACCGAAAACUGUCAAUGAAUUAAGCAAAUAUUGAACGAGAGAAGAUAAACGCAAGGAAAAGAUGCGCCAAAAACUUGCCACCUCGACAACAUUGAGACGCGUGGCUUAUUAGUCGUGGCGAAAUUAAAAUAAAAUUGAACAAAA